UUCUCUUAAUCGCGGUCGCCGUGUUCCUCCAUCACCUCCAUCGAUAAACCCUAUUGUUUCGUAGAAACCCUAAUUUCGGGAGUAUUGCUUGCACACCUUCAGAUUCGGCCCUUGCUUGGGAAAAUAAAUCUGAAGAAGCAACGAUUUGAUACGUUUGACCGCUUAAACUAUGGCCACAAUAAGGGAGUCGGGCUUGGAAGCCCUUAAGGAGCUUAAAACAACCGAGCCGCCAGUUUUUCUUGCGCCGAGUCCGAUUUCUGAGGUGGUUCGUGUUGCAUUGCAGUAUCUCUUCACGAAACUGAAGCCGUUCAACCCUAAAUCUCCUUUUGAUGAGCUCCUCGUUGAUGGGUUUGACGCGGAGCAGAUUUGGCAGCAACUAGAUAUGCAGUCUCAACCGUUGUUGUCAAGUUUGCGGCAGGAAGUAAAGCGAUUUGCUAAAAACCCUGAAGAGAUUCGUAACCUUGGGAAUUUGGCCCUCAAGGUUUCUAAUGGGGAUGAUCUCGAUGGAAUGGAUAUGGGUGGUUUUGACUCAGAUGAUGAUGAUGAUGACCUAGAAGCUAACGAAAGCGAAGAGGAAGAGGAAGAAAGCGAAGAGGAAGAGGAAGAGCAAAAGGAAGAAGCAGAAGAGAAAGAGGAAGAGGAAGUCAAUGACGGAAUCGAGGAUAAGUUCUUUAAGAUUAAAGAUUUGGAGGAGUUUUUGGAGGAGGGUGAAGCAGAAGAGUAUGGGACAGACCGCAAAAACAAGAAGGGCGUGUCAAAGGGAAAGAAACAAAAUUUGAGCGAUGAUGAGGAAAAAGAUGAAGAUGAUGAGGAUGAAGAAGAAGAUGAGGAGUUUGGUGCUUUUGCUGAUGAUGACAACGAAGAGGCAGAAAAAUUGGGAAAAGCAAGGUAUGCAGAUUUCUUUGGCGGUAAAAAGAGUGAGACAAAAAUGACGUUGAAAGAUGUAAUUGAAGAUGAGGAUGCUGGAAACGGAAACCACGGCAUUGAAAAACUCUCUACACAUGAGAAAGAACAACUAAAGCUUCAAUCCAAGAUUGAACAGAUGGAGAAAGCUAACUUAGAUCCAAAACACUGGACAAUGCAAGGAGAGAUAACUGCGACAAAGAGGCCAACGAAUAGUGCUCUAGAAGUUGAUUUAGAUUUUGAGCACAAUGCCAGGCCUGCUCCGGUAAUCACAGAAGAGGUCACAGCCUCACUUGAGGAUUUGAUCAAGAGCAGAAUCAUUGAGGCUCGUUUUGAUGAUGUUCAACGAGCACCUAGUCUGCCCACUAAUUCUAAAAGAGAAGUCAAGGAGUUGGACGAUAAUAAAAGCAAGAAAGGUCUUGCCGCAGUUUACGAGGAUGAAUACGUUCAGAAGGCUAAUCCAGCUUUUGCUCCAGCAACUUUCUCUGAUGAACUAAAGAAAGAGGCAAGCGUUCUGUUCAAGAAACUAUGCCUGAAGUUGGAUGCUCUCUCCCACUUCCACUUCACACCCAAACCGGUAAUAGAAGAAAUGUCUAUACAGACAAACGUCCCAGCCAUAGCAAUGGAAGAGGUUGCGCCUGUGGCAGUCUCAGAUGCAGCGAUGCUUGCUCCAGAGGAAAUAUUUUCCGGGAAAGGCAAUAUUAAGGAUGAGUCUGAACUUACUCAGGAUGAGAGAAAGAGAAGGAGAGCUAAGAAGAAGAGGAAGUUUAAAGCUGAAUCUGCAAACCAACCUGUGAAGAAGGCCCGGGAUACUACUACCGAGAACCCUAAAACCGUUACAGUCAGUGAAGAACGGUGAAGAGAGAGAUAGAGUUACAUACUACUUCAAGAUUGGAGAAACAACAGUUUUGGAUGUAUGAUAUUUUAAACCUGUUACGGGUUUAAUGAAAAAUUCGAGAUUUUGUUAGGACCCUGGACCGGUGAUUUGACAAUUUGCCGGCCAUGAAACUUGUAUUCUACAAAUUUGAGUUAUAAUUGUUAUAUUAUGCUGUUUUAGGG